AUACAUGCGCAGGCUGCAGACCGGCUGGGGGGGGGGGCUCUGAGACCAACUGAAGGAGGGAAAGAAGCUACAGACUGACUUCCGGUGACUGACUGAUCCUCCUGAUGCAGGAUGCAGGAUGCCAUCAUACAGGAUCGAGCAAAGCAGGGAUUCAGCCCAUAGUUUGGAUUUACUCCUGCUUCAUUUGACUCUUUAAUGGACGUCUUCUGUACUGAGAAUGAAAGAUGCAGGUUUAGAGACCGUGAAUGAAAUCAGGGAAAGCGAAGGAGGACGGUGAAGAUCAGGUCCAAGAUGCUUCAGACUGGAAACUAUUCCCUGGUUCUGCUGGUCCAACUGGUGCUGCUGACCUAUGACCUCUUUGUGAACUCGUUCAGUGAACUUCUGAGAAGAGCUCCUGUCAUCCAGCUGGUGCUUUUCAUCAUCCAGGACAUCGGCAUCCUCUUCAACGUCAUCAUCAUCCUCCUGAUGAUGUUCAACACCUACGUGUUCCAGGUGGGCCUGGUUUCUGUCCUGCUGGGCAGAUUUAAGGCUCUGCUGCUCUUCUCUGCUCUCUACCUGACCCUCAGCAUCUGCUUCCACUGCUGGCUGUUGAACCUCCGAUGGUUGGACUCCAACCGUUUCGUGUGGACAGACGGUCUCCUGGCUCUCUUUGUUUUCCAGAGGACAGCGGCUGUGUUCUACUACUACUUAUACAAGCGCACAGCCGAGCACAUGGGGGACCCAAGGCUCUACGAGGACUCCAUGUGGCUCAGGGAGCAAUUCGCCAGAGCUCGCCAGUGACGGCGGGACGGAGACGACCAGACUGGGCAGGCUGAUGGAGGACUGGGAGGACCAGACUGGGCAGGCUGAUGGAGGACUGGGAGGACCAUUGAGGACCAGACUGGGCAGGCUGAUGGAGGACUGGGAGGACCAUUGAGGGGGACCUGCUAUCCUUGCAGUCUGACGUUGGUCUGAAAUGUGUUGGAAUAUAAGAAGAGGAUGGAUGGUCAGAGAAGGACUGAUGUUUAC